GACGAGGAUUUGCAUUUCGGAGAAAACAAAAGGUCGAAAGACAAUACAGGAAACUGUUGAAAAAGGGAAGAAAGGUCCAUUCACAACAGGAUGAUCAGUUUACAGAUACUUAUCCAGAGCACUUGAAACAUCUUUACCUAGCCGAGGAAGAAAGGCUUGAGGAAGAAAGGCGUAAGAAACGGCGCAGGGCUCCAGAUGAUUCAGUUUUAUCAGAAGAAAAACUUAAUAAAGCAGUAGAGUCAGUUAUGACUGAAAGCAAGUUUAAGAAGAAAACGUCCAAUCAGAAAGCAAAAGAAGAGUAUGAGAAAAUAAAGGCUGAGCGUGCUAGAAAGAAAGAGGAAGCAGAAAAAAGAAAACAGCAAAGAGAAGCAGCUCAACGGUUGUACAAGCAAAAGAAAAUGGAAGCUUAUAAAAUAUUGAGUAAGAAGACGAAAAGAGGACAGCCAAAUCUAAACUUACAAAUGGAGUUUCUUCUUCAGAAAAUACAGCAAAAUACAUAA